GCAGUUGUAACUGGAGCUACAGAUGGAAUUGGAAAGGCAUAUGCAGAAGAGCUGGCGAGGCAUGGCAUUUCCAUCGUUCUUAUCAGUAGAUCGCAGGAUAAGCUUGAUAUGGUGUCCAAAAAUAUCCGAGAAAAGUUCAACGUGGAAACCAAAGUCAUUGCGGCAGAUUUUGGAAAACCCACAGAGAUCUAUGGGCGCAUCGAGGUGGGACUGAAAGGUCUUGAAAUUGGAGUCCUUGUAAACAACGUGGCAGUUGCAUAUGACUAUCCAGAGUAUUUCCUUGACAUCCCAGACCUGGAUAACACUCUGGACAUGUUAAUAAAUGUCAACAUCACGUCUGUGUGUAAGAUGACACGCCUGGUGUUGCCCGGAAUGCUGGAGAGAUCCAAAGGCAUCAUUAUGAACAUCUCCUCUGCUAGUGGCAUGUACCCCAUCCCCUUGCUGACUGUAUAUUCUGCUACCAAGGCGUUUGUGGAUUUCUUCUCCCAGGGUCUGCAUGCAGAAUAUCAGAAUAAGGGGAUCACGGUGCAGAGCGUUCUACCUUUCUAUGUUGUAACGAAAAUGAGCAAAAUCCGCACUCCAACAUGGGACAAACCCACCCCGGAGAAUUAUGUGAGAUCCGCCCUGAACACUGUGGGCUUACAGACCAGAACCAACGGCCACCCGGCCCACGCCUUGUGGGGUUGGUUCACCACGACUCUUCUUCCCACCUGCCUCGUGACCAAAAUGGCUUUAAAAUCGAACAAAGGGAUACGGGCUCGGUUUCUGAGAGGGCCAAGACCGACU